CCUGCUGCUGCUGCUCUUCCUUUCAUUGCUUCUGCCUGCAUCUCCACCACCACCGCCACCUGCCACAGCUGGGACGCAGAGAUGGAGACCUUCCGCUGAUUGCUGUAAUCUGACGGAAGAAACGUCUGAGAGAGAAGGCGAGGGAGAUAAAGAGAGACACGGAGACAGCAGAGAGCUGGACUCACAGGGCUAGAGCGAGACAGACAAGCGGAAAGACAGAAACAUAUGGUUGGACAGUAGAGCGUUCUCCCCCCCAGCCUCUGAGGACUGCUGAAGCGGACAGAAACUUCUCCAACCACCGGCACAUCCGCCCAUGUCACCCCGCCUCACUUGUCCUAGUUCUGCGCUGCUCACCUGUUUCAUUAGUUUGUUCAAGGGAGGAUUGCGGCGUUUGGACCUGCCUGGACGGCGCGCGCGCGCACUCACGCGCUCACACAGAGAGAGAGAGCAUCACAAGACGCGCUGCAGCUUCCUGCGGGGAGGAAAUUUAAUUAGACAACUUAUUGCCACAGAAGGGGAGCUCGUCACGGCCAACGAGCCAUGUCUGGACAGACGGUGACCGUCCCGGACGACAGGGCGUUCGCCAGCUUCAAGGCGGAGUGCCUGUGCGAAGAAGGCUGGGCCAUGUCCUACAGCAAGGGGGGCAUCACGGUGUGGACCCAGGGCCUGGAGGAGGGGAAGUCCGUCCAUAAAAUCAAGUGUCGCAUGGUAUGCAAGGACGUGCCAGCCGACACGAUGUACGACGUUCUACACGACAUUGAAUACAGAAAAAAGUGGGACUCAAAUGUCAUCGAGACCUUUGAUAUCGGAAAGCUCACAGUGAAUGCAGAUGUCGGGUACUACUCAUGGAAGUGUCCAAAACCUCUCCGGAACCGCGACGUCAUCACGCUUCGCUCCUGGCUGCCGAUAGGGAAGGAUUACAUCAUCAUGAACUACUCUGUUAAGCACGCCAAAUAUCCACCUAAAAGGGACAUGGUGCGGGCUGUUUCCCUUCAGACGGGCUACAUGAUUCACAGCCAGGGACCAGGCAACUGUACCCUCACGUACAUGGCCCAGGUAGAUCCACGAGGUUCAUUACCCAAGUGGGUUGUCAACAAGUCUUCUCACUUCCUCGCUCCCCGCGCAAUGAAAAAGAUCAGCAAAGCUUGUCUGAAGUACGCAGAGUGGAAGCAGAGACACAACCCCAACUUCAAACCCUGGCUGUACCCCGAACAGACCACGUUACCCACAAUCCCCCUCUCGGAGCUGAGCAUUCAGCGCGCAGAGAGUCUGGAGAAUAUCGACGAGAGCUCCUUGGCCGAGACUCAGGAGAGAGAAGACAGCGACUAAACCAAACGUGUCCGUACAAACAGCAAUGCAGGGAUACAUAAAUGCUUAAUAAACAUCCCAUCAUUACAUGUAUGUAUAUGUGAUUCUGUCUGUACACAUCUGUAUAUUGUUCAUGAAAUGCAUAUGCAAACAUAUCAUUGAGGACAUGUAUGUAGGCAUUCAUGCACAGGAACAAACAUUACCAACUUAGUCACAUUAACAUACAUAUUGGAUGAACACGGCAGACAUUUCCCCAUACAAGCAGGGAGCUCAUGCAAUACUUAUAGAAGUAAAUAACCUAACAUUUGGUGUUUUCAGAGUAGCUGUAAAGGAUUUUUUUUUUUUAUCCGAGAGGGUUUAAAUUUUCUAAUGGUAAAGGCAAAAUUUCAUACCAAAUAUAGUUCCUUGUUGUAUUAUUUAUACAUCAAAAACUUUUACACGCCUCGUCACAUGGCUACAGGCGCCAUUGCAUUUAACCGGAGUUCUGUGUGAUAGUCCAACACACAGUAGUGAAUUAUUAAGUUGAAGGGAAAAUAUUUUAGAUUUUAGGGGGACCCUAUUAAUGAGGUGUUGUUUUUUUCAUUGAAGAAUUUUUUUUUUUUUUUUUUUAUAUAGAUAUGUCAUAAAAAUGGCUAAAUACAAAACAAACUUUUGCCUUUCAAUCUGCAAUUAUGCACCACUUAUGGUUGGUCUGCUGUAAAAUCCAAAUAAAAUGCCUUGGAGUUUGUGGUUGCAAUGAGACUAAAUGAAAAGGUCUAUUUGAUAUGAAUAAUUUUGCAAAGCACUAUCUUUAGUAAACCAUUUACCAACAAAUCUUAACAUGCACAUUACUGCUACACAUACCUAUCAAAAAUAACCUAAUGUCUGAGCUCAGUGCACCAGACACAUAACCCACACAUGCUGCACCAGUGCACUCAGACCUUAUAACUCAAUCUGUACGUCUCUCAGUCCCUCGGUGUGUCUCCAUGACAUUUCUAAGCACAUGACAAAUAUGCAGGUGUGCAGAAGGCAGCUGGAACCCACAACCCCGACCUUCAUCCCUUUUUUUUUUUUGUCUGAGACACACACACACACACACACACACACACACACAUGCAGAUUUACAUCCAUGCAAUGACAACUUCUCUAUUUGGGAGAUGUCUGAAUGUAUGUAGAAUUUAAAUAAAUACAGCUUCCUACAAAGGUUUCCAUCA